AAAUGCGUGACAAGCAAAAUUGAAAUGUUCCCAUUAAAAAAGUAUGAAGCAUCAAACAACGUGUCAACGUGUCAACCGUUUGUGCGUGAAUGUCAGCCGGGUCACAGACAGCAAGGAUGCGUGCUAACACAUCAGUAUCGAUUUACCUUAGCACCUGGCCUGCCGUAUCGCUAAACUAUAUCAGUUUACCAUCGUUUCAGUGAAAGUAUAGUCCGCGAAGACUGAUGCGCUUCCAUUUUCGUUUAACGCGUUAAGCGCCACGAAAAUCUUGAACGUUUUAUGCAUGAUUUGUUCCUUGGUAGCAAAGGUAAAUAGGAACAAUUAUUAAUUAUUGUGCAUCAGAAUUCUUACAUUACACUAUUGUUAACUUAUUCCUCUUAUAUCCUUCAUAGCAAAGUCGACAUAUUGUAAUUUUUGUCGAGCAAUUCAGAAGCGUCAGCCACUGGUGAUCGACACGGCAUUUAACGUGUUAAAGGAUGCGCAUUCUUCGCGUACUGCUCGUUGCAUUAGUUGCAUGGUUUCAACGCUGCAAUCGUUAUGUUAAUGGCCAAGAUACGUUUGCGGGAACGAUGGACGAGGAAGAUGGAACUCCAGUGCCGUCACACAUAGUGGUCACAUCCUGGAACGACAUGCCAUUUUCUGGGAUUGCAAAGGAGAAUGGAACAUGGGUCGGUAAGGGAUACGCGUUUUACAUCUUUAACUUAAUCAGUGCGAAGCUGAAUUUUACGUAUACUAUUAUCCCACCGAACGAACACAUUCUUGGAGACGAGAAUAAUGGUGUCCUCGGACUGCUUUACGAAAAGAAGGUGGACAUGGCUGUCGCAUUUCUCCCGGUGCUACCCGAAAUGGGACGGUACUGUGAAUUCAGUGCGUUCUUGGAUGAAACCAGCAUAACGGCUGUAAUGGAGAGACCGCAAGAGUCGGCUACUGGUUCCGGCCUCCUUGCGCCAUUCGAGAGAACCGUUUGGCUUCUGCUUUUGGUGUCAUUGAUCUGCGUUGGGCCGAUUAUUUAUCUGUUCGCUAGCAUUAGGGCGAAGUUGUGGCGCGAUCCGGAUUCAGAAAAAUUUACUGUGUUGUCCUGUUUUUGGUUCACUUAUAGUUCCCUUCUGAAACAGGGAACCAACAUCGUUGCUACAACAGAUUCGACGCGAAUGCUUUUCGCUACAUGGUGGAUUUUUAUAUUGAUAUUAACAUCGUUCUACACUGCAAAUCUGACGGCGUUCCUUACGAAACCACAGUUUACCUUAUCUAUAAGUUCUUUGCAAGACAUUGUUCACAAAGGAUACAGUUGGGUCACUUACAAAGGACGCACCGUCGAUUUUCUUCUUUCUCAGGACCGUUACAACGAUUUAAGUUUAUUGAACGCCAGCAAACGGCAGGGGAAAGGUGAUUUUAAGUAUUACGAAUCAUCGAGAGCCAUAUUGAAAACUGUGAGCACGAAAAGACUCUUCCUAGCUGAAACACAUUACUUGCAAACAUUAAUAUUCAAGGAUUAUGUGAACAAAACUCGCUAUCAUUUGGAUCACAGUCUGCGCUGCACUUACGUGAUAAUGCCCGGAAGUAUCUUGGACACGAGUCGCGCAUUUGGUUUUUCUUACGGUUCGACCAUUCGAAAACCUUUGAAUAAAAUGUUGAUAAGAUUGGUAGAAGCAGGCAUCGUUCAACAGAAGCAAGAAGGAGAUCUUCCACUGGCGGAAAUUUGUCCGGUGGAUCUUCGUUCAACGGAAAGACAACUCAGGAACACUGAUCUCCUUCUGACGUAUAAAGUCGUCGUGGCUGGAUACGCGAUCGCGGCAACUAUUUUUCUGUUUGAAAUUAUCUGCGCAUUUCUCUCGAGCCGAGUGAAGAAUAGAAAGCGGAGCGGUCCGCGAAAUUCUCUUGCUCCAGCGCAAAGAGCAAAGAAACAAUCCGUUAAAAAUGUCCCGCUACGCGUAAACUUUUUAGAUAGAGCUCCGCAAAUGAUACAUAAGAACACCCAACACGUUUUGACGCAAGCUAAUAAGCAGUUAAUCAAUGGAAGGAACUACUAUGUCGUUACGGACAGAGGAGGGGACAAGAGAUUGAUUCCAAUUAGGACACCGUCCGCUUUUCUGUUCCAAUAUUCCGUUUGACCACGCUAGAUGUUGACGGUGAUGGAAAAAUGAAAUGACA